CUCCGCCUCAACUCAGAGAACAUAGGAGGGCAGGGCGAGGGUUGUGUAGUUGUGGACUCGUACUCCUUUUUUUAAUUUUUAAUUUUUUAAGAAGUGUGUAUUUUUAAAGUUUUAAAACAACAUGGAAAUGGAAACAGAUAAGCUUGCUGAAGAUGGAAGAUCAAUUGCAGAGUGUCAACAGAUGACUGUCCUAGGAGACAAAAAAAGAGAUCAGGGACCUCAGUUCUCAACAGAACGGGAUGCCUGUCUAAAAUUGUUUGAGAAAUGGAAUGAACAAGAUCAAGUGGAGUUUGUGGAACAUCUAUUGUCUCGCAUGUGUCACCACCAACACGGACACAUCAACACAUAUCUCAAGCCCAUGCUUCAGAGAGAUUUUAUUUCAAUGUUACCAAAAAAAGGACUUGACCAUGUUGCUGAGACAAUUCUCUCCAUGUUGGACGCUGAAUCGCUCAAUUGGGCUCAAAUGGUGUGCAAAGAAUGGUACAGAGUUAUUUCAGAAGGCAUGCUAUGGAAAAAACUAAUUGAAAGGAAGGUUAAAACUGAUCCUUUGUGGAGAGGUCUUUCAGAACGUAGAGGAUGGAUCCAAUACUUGUUCAAACCAAAGCCUGGUGAGAACCACCCAAGUAAUGAUUUUUACAGAUCUCUCUACCCUAAAAUAAUCUUGGAUAUUGAUAGGCUUGAAAAGAAUUGGAGAAUGGGAAGACAUGUGCUUCAAAGAAUCAAUUGUCGCUCAGAAAACUCAAAAGGAGUAUACUGUUUGCAAUAUGAUGACCAUAAAAUUGUAUCUGGACUAAGAGACAAUACAAUAAAAAUAUGGGACCGUUCAACUUUGCAGUGUAUUAAGGUUCUGACGGGCCACACUGGUUCAGUGCUUUGCCUACAGUAUGAUGAUAAGGUGAUAAUCAGUGGCUCAAGUGAUUCAACGGUACGUGUGUGGGAUGUGGCCACCGGUGAAAUGGUGAACACACUCAUUCAUCACUGUGAAGCUGUACUUCACCUACGAUUCUGUAAUGGGAUGAUGGUGACAUGCUCAAAGGAUCGCUCCAUAGCUGUUUGGGAUAUGACAUCACCCACAGAAAUCACAUUAAGAAGAGUUCUUGUGGGGCACAGGGCAGCAGUUAAUGUUGUUGACUUUGAUGAAAAAUAUAUUGUCUCUGCCAGUGGAGACCGCACAAUCAAAGUUUGGAACACAUCAUCAUGUGAAUUUGUUCGAACUCUAAAUGGACAUAAAAGGGGCAUCGCUUGCCUUCAGUAUCGUGAUCGACUGGUAGUCAGUGGCAGUUCGGAUAAUACCAUUAGAUUAUGGGAUAUUGAAUGUGGAGCUUGCCUCAGAGUGUUAGAAGGUCAUGAGGAACUUGUGCGGUGCAUUCGCUUUGAUAGUAAAAGGAUAGUUAGUGGAGCUUAUGAUGGGAAAAUAAAGGUUUGGGAUCUGGUUGCUGCUCUGGACCCGCGGUCUCCGUCAGGCACACUCUGUUUGAGAACAUUAGUGGAACACACUGGACGUGUUUUCCGACUACAGUUUGAUGAAUUUCAAAUUGUGAGUAGUUCUCAUGACGACACAAUUCUCAUCUGGGACUUCCUUAACUGCGACCCACUUGAGGGCAGUACAGCUGAGGCCCCUCCUCCUUGUCAACCGGUAGAGAACAGAACACCUUCUCCUUCAUUUGGUUGAACAACCGCCCUUUGCCCAUGGUCUUCAUUUACAUACCUGCCAAAAGUAGCACUUACCACUCCAAAUAAGUGCUAUACUGUCCCUGUACUAAACAGGAACAUCUGAAGUGUCUUCUUUUCUAAACUGUAAAAGUGUUUGAUAACUACUGUGAUGGUGCUCAACAAAGAUUCUGCAAGGCUGCAUAAUAAAAUCGAGGAGCUUUGUUCUUUUAAUGUAUGAAAUGUUAUCAUUUAUAAUUUUAAUAUUUUUAGUUAUAUUAAGCCAUCUAUAAUUGUACAGAUUUUAAAUUACUGUCAUUUUAGACGUAUUUAUUUCUCUUAUGCAGCCUCCUAAUGUCAUGCUGUGAUGCCUUCGGUAUUGGAUGAACCAAACCGUGUCAGUUUCAGAGUAUUUUGGGCAUCUCUAUGACGUUACUUUACAUUUACCUUUGUCACUAAUUACUGUACUUUUGAUAGUAGACCAUCUACCAUUACAUAAAAAUCAUGAAAUAGAUUGUCUUAUAUCAAAAUUUGAAGUUUGUAGAUGCCUGAAGUAUUAGAUCCCAGAAUUUGAGCAUACUCUGAUGUUCCAUAGAGCUCCUUUGAGAAGUGUGUACUUAAUUGGUCAGGGGAAAUAUUGGGGAAGUUGUUCUGUGUCAACUUCUCCGUUAUCAGGUUUUAUUUGAGGGUGGUUGGUAUGUGAUUCCAGUGUUAAAGUUUAGAACUGGUUGGUUUGUCAAAGUUUUUGUCUGGUCACUCCUCGCACACUCUGGCAAAGACAUACUAAACAACUUGUUAUUGUAAAUUUUAUUAGCGUAGAUUCUUGCCUUUGAAAUCAUAUUGGCUUGUUCUCUCUCAACUUGGAUCUCAUUAUGUCAUGUCAGAACUGUUGCUCUCAAUGUAAUAAGGAUUUAUCUCUUUCAAGGAAUUUUGAGGUGUUUGGGCUUUUGAAUCAGAAAAGAGAAACUCCUGAUUUCUGUGUGAUUAAAUGGUUAUGACACAAUUGUCUCUUGGUUGGAGAUUCACAAUUAUAAAUUUUUUGUAGAACUGUUCAAGUGUUUAAUAUAUUAUUUGACUUGUAUUUGUUUUGUUAAUUGUUUGUCUUCAAUGUAAAAUAUUGUGUGUAAGUGUGUGAAUGAGUUGUACAUAUCAGUGAGUGAGUUUUUGUGUGAUGUGGCCUUGGAUCUAAAGGUGUGAGAGCGACAGGACAUUAACUUCUGAUGGGCUUCUGCCUAAUGUCUGUGAUUAAGUGAUAUUCACUAUUAUUGUGCAUUCUUAGAAAUCCUCCUUAUUCUUAGUGUGUAUGAAAUUGUAGAAUAUGUGAGGCCAAGAGAAAGUAAAAUGAGUUUACAUUAAAUAAAAAAAGAUAAUUGUUUCUUGUGCUAACUGAAAAUCAUGGACUAUCCUGUUUCCUAGGAAAUCUGUUGAACCUCAAUCAUGCUAGGUUCAGACCAUCUAACGGUAACUAACAAGCACCUUUGUGCUUUCAAGUCCACCUCAAUCUCCUUCCCUUGAUGCAAUUUUUGGAUUGAGCUUUGUGUACUCUGACUCUAAGUGGCACAAAUGUUUAACUGACAUUUUGACUUACAGCUAGUUUCAUUUUUAUUUUUUUUGUUAAAUCCUGUCUGCCCCAUGUUGUUUCUCAUGUAAGAUUAUCUUCUCAGUUCAUAUAAUAUACCGCACUUUUAUUACUGAACAUUCCCUGUUUCAAGUGCAGGUAACUAAUUUUUACACUAGUUGUGAGCAUUAGAGGAAUUUCUCUUAACAGUAGUACAGGUAUGGAAAAGAGUUACAGAAUCUGCUUAUGAGUUUGUUUUGUUGACUGCCUCUCACUUGGCGGAGACUUAGUAAUGGACUAGAGUUGUGGGGAUUCAGAUAGGGGGUGGUUUCUUUUCUGUUUUGUGUUUUGGUGAUAUUCUAACUUUUAAGUCAAAUGACCAAAUUGAAUUCCUCUAAAAGAAAGAAAUGGACUAACUAUUAAAAAAAAAGUAUACAUUGUUUGUCUGGUACAAAAAUGAUGUUAGUUUCAGAAAGUUAAUUUAUGAAGAUGGACUGGUAUGGGCUGGAAUGCUACUGCAACUUGGGAGUUUUAUGUAGUAGAAUUAAAUCCCUCUGGGUUUACUUCUAUGCUAUGAAGUGAAGUAAUAUUUUCCCCAUUUCAUGUUAACUUCAUAGUCAAUACCCUUGACAAUUGUACAUGUUUUUUUUUUUGUUUUUUGUUUUUUUGUAUACAUCCUAGAGAUCGGGUAAGCUAUAAGUUGUACUAUUUUGGAGGUAUUGAUACUGAUCAGUAAUUCUCAAAUUACAGUUUUUCUGUACAUUUUCUUUGUUCAUUGCUGUUAAACAUCUGUCCUCCUUUCCUUAAUGAUAGAUAACUAGAGAAAUCCACGUACAGUGUACACUCCAUUUUGCAGUAGUCCUUGAAAACACUUGUUUUUCAUCAGUCAGACAUGUUCUCCAGAGUAGUCUUAAAAUAUUUGGAAAAUGUCUUUUAUACUCACGUAUAAAUUUCAUUCAUGGUUGUCAAUGCUUAUGAACUGAUUUAUUCUCAUGCUCAUAACUUGCAAUUCCAGUGUGGAAUAGACUGAGCUCGGGGCGCUACAAAUGUACAAUAUGCACACUGUUACACUGCAUAGAAUUUUGUGAAGUCUUUGUGUGUUGAAUGUUUCAUUCAAAACAUAAAUCUUUGAUGAAAACUAAAUUAUUUCUUAUUAUUUGCUGUUAUUUAGAUAUACUGCUGAGGUACUAUGAGUAGACAUUUUCACUCUAAAAUUACAGUAUUUACUGUGUAGUGGGGCCUGUUAUUGCUUUGCGAUCUGUUAAAGCUAAAACACAAGUUAUUAAGGCUAGAAUCUAAUAUUUUUAAUUGGUAGAGGCAGACUUCAAGGAGUAAAUAUGCGUCAGCCAGUUGGUUUCGUGUUCCCAGAAAAUUAGUUUUCUUUGUGGACUCUGUAUCUUAAAGGAAAUGAAAAUCAACCACAA